AUGCUUUUCGUGGCGGCAGCGCUGCUGCUGCUGCUGCAUGCAGCUUCCUGCAGCGCGACUCUGGUCAUCGUGAACUCUGGUGUGGAGGUCAGCAGAGGCCGCUCGGUCUUCAUCUCGCAGACGGAGUUGCAGAUCAGCGUGGACCCGACCUCCGACUGUAAGGUGGAGGUGGUGAUGAACGAGCCGGUGACCCAGCGGGUCGGCAGGUUAACUCCACAGGUGUUUGACUGCAGCUUCCUGCAGGACGAAGUGAAAUACGUCCACAACGGAAGUCCUCUGCUGGACGAGGACACGGUGAAGCUCAGAGUCUACCGGUUCACGUCUUCAGACACACUGGUGCAGACGGUGGUUCUGAAGAUCCGGGUGCUGGACUCUGGUUCUGGUGUAGUGGAGCUGGGCAGUGUUCCGCUGGUGGUUCCUCAGUUCUAUAGUUUGUCCAACGCCAUCGAUGGCUCGGUGUUAAACAUCAGAACAUCUGGUCUGAUCUGCAGCGUCCGACUGAUAAACACCGACAUCAGCGUCCCAGCGGUGGGUCAGCUGGUCCGGGAGGAGGAGUCCAGCCCGAGGACAGGCCGACAGGUGGCGCUCUGUCCUGGAAACAAACCCUGUCUGCAUCACACCAAGCAGCUCGACUUCCUGAAGACCAGCUGUAGCGACUUCCUGAGCUCUGGCCUGAAGUACCAGCACCUCAGCCCUCCGUCCCCAGAGAUCGACUACAUCCCCAUCCGGGUGGAGCUGAGGCAGCAGGCUACCCGGGCCCUGCUGGAGUCUGAGGCGGUUUGGCUGCCGGUUCUGAUCCACGGCGCCAUGCAGAACCAGCCACCUCAGGCCGCCUUCAUGGCCUCCUUCAUCCUGGAGGUGGACCAGUUCAUCCUCACGCCGCUCACCACCGCCGCCCUGGACGCCAAGGACCACGAGACGCCGCAGGAGCAGCUGGUGUUCAACGUGACCGACCCGCCCGCCGACGGCUACAUCACACACCUGGACGAUCACACCAGGCCGGUCCAGUCCUUCACCUGGACCGACCUGCACGACAUGAAGGUGGCCUACCAGCCGCCCAACAGCAGCCAGACGCACCGCAAGAACUACCAGGUGGAGCUCCAGGCGAUAGACGGAUCCUACCUGAGCAGCCCGCCCAUCACGGUCCACCUCUCCAUCAGGGUGUCUGAAACAAACGCACCCAGAGUGUCCUGGAACAUGGGCCUGGACCUGCUGGAGGGUCAGUCUCGACCAAUCACGUGGGAGGAGCUACAGAUUGUCGACAACGACAACAUCGACAGCGUUUACCUGGUGGCGGUGGACGGACCCUUGCACGGACGCCUGAGUGUCAGAGGUGGGAAAGCGUUCAUGUUCCGUGUUCGGGACCUGAGGGAGAGCGUGGUCGUCUAUCAUCACUCCGACAGCGACACCACCCGCGACCACAUUGUGUUCCGCAUCAGUGACGGCCGCCACAGCGUCCGGCACAAGUUCCCCAUCAACAUCCUGCCCAAAGACGACUCGCCGCCGUUCCUCAUCAACAAUGUGGCGGUGGAGGUGCAGGAGGGUGGCGCCGUGCAGCUGCAGGAGUAUAUGCUGCUGGCCGCCGACCUCGACUCCAGCGACGACUACAUCCUGUACCAGACUGUCUCCGCCCCCCGGGCCGGUCAGCUGGUCAGGAGGAGCUCCGCCCAGGACGCAGGACUUCCAGUGGACAGAUUCCUGCAGAAAGAUCUUCUGCAGGGCCACAUCUUCUACCAGCACUCUGGAGACGAGCAGUUCGAGGACUCCUUCGACUUCACGCUAUCUGACAGCCAUGAGCCUCCAAACCUCUCCCAGACAUACACGGUGGUGGUCCAUGUGUUCCCGGUGAAGGACCAGCUGCCGGUGGAGGCUCAGGGAACCGUCCGCUCUCUGACGGUGAAGGAGACGGAGCUGGUCUUCAUCACCCAGAAUCAGCUACUCUUCACCGACCCAGAACAUCCAGACACCGACCUGACCUACGUCAUCACGCAGCCCUGCUUCAGCCCGCUGCAUCCUGGCCUGAUGGAUGCAGGACGUCUGUUCUACACCGACAGCAGCAGCACCAUGAAGAGAGACCACAUGGUUCCGGUUCUGAAGUCCUUCACUCAGAAUGCAGUGAACCACCUGAAAGUCGCCUUCAUGCCUCCAGUGGAGGACAUCGGUCCCGAGCAGCUCUUUGUCCAGUUCGUCUUCUCCGUCAGUGACCACCACGGUGGCACCGUGUCCGGACUGACCUUUAACAUCACCGUCCUCCCGGUGGACGACCAGGCGCCGCAGGCCUUCACCAACCUGCUGCGGGUAGAGGAGGGCGGUGCCGCCUUCGUGACAGAGGAGAACCUGCUGGUCCAGGACCGGGACAGUCCAGAGGUGGCGCUGAGGGUGGAGCUGCAGAGGAAGGCUGGUCGAGGUCGGCUGGAGCUGCAGGGCCGGACGCUGCUGCAGGGGGAAGGCUUCAGUCUGCAGGACCUGAGAGGACUCAGGCUCAGGUACAUUCACGAUGACUCUGAGACCACCGAGGACGAGGUGGGUCUGAAGGUGACAGAUGGACAGAACUCCGUGGACGUCGUCCUGCAGAUUCAGGUGCUGCCCAUGAAUGAUGAGCCGCCCCAGCUGGGCGGCGGCCUGUGGGGGGCGCUGAGCUGUGAGGAGGGGGGGCGUGUCCAGGUGACGGUGGAUUACCUGUCAGCCACCGACCGUGACAGCGAUGACGCCCGGCUCACCUACAUGUUGGCCCGGCGGCCCGGCCGAGGGGAGCUGCAGCGGGCCGGACUCAGCGUAGACAAGUUCUCCCAGCAGGACCUGCUGCAGGGCCACGUUUACUACGUCCACACAGGAGGAGAAAUCGGACCGGCGCCAGUGUUCGACACCAUCACGCUCAUCAUCUCCGACGGCGAGGCCGGAGGGACGGACGGCUGUUGUCAUGGAGACGCCCCGCCCCCUCCUGUUCCUCUGCACGGCACACUUCCUGUUUACGACCUGAACAUCACGCUGCUUCCUGUCAACAACAGAGGUCCCUCCGUCACGCUGGGUGAGUCUCUGCUGCUGGUGGAUGAAGGUUCCUCAGUGUGUCUCUGCGGGUCGGUUCUGGGGGCCUCAGACCCUGACAGCCUCCCCGAGCAGCUCACCUUCCACCUGGAGACUCUGCCCCUUCACGGCUUCCUGGAGAACACGCUGCCGACGCCCGGCUCCGAGAAGAGCAACGCCGGAGUCAGAGUGGAAUCCUUCAGCCUCGUCCACCUGUCCUCUGGCUUCAUCAACUACGUCCAAUCAGAGCACAGAGGGGUGGAGCCUACCGUGGACCAGCUGUCCGUCAGUGUGAGUGACGGGCUGCAUCGCUCCGCCCCCGUCCCCUUCUACAUCAUCAUCAAUCCAACCAAUGACGAGACGCCGUCGCUGCUGCUCACCAACUUCACUGUGAAGGAAGGCGGCAUCAGGGAGCUGACCCGCUCCAUCCUGGACGGCUCCGACCUGGAUGCCCCUCCGGACCUCCUCACCUUCACGCUGCAGCGGCCGCCGGCUCACGGCUUCCUGAUCAACGCCAUCUACGGCUCCAACCUGAGCCGCUAUCAAGAGAUGGGCGCAGAGCUGCUGCAGAGGAGCCUCCUCAUCUCCUCCUUCACUCUGCAGGAGCUGCAGCAGGGGUUGAAGGUCUCCUACAUCCACGAUGACUCAGAGACCCAGGAGGAUGUUCUGGUUCUGCAGCUGACAGACGGAGUCCACUCAGUGGAAGGAACGGCUUGGGUCACGGUGCUGCCGGUUAAUGACGACACCCCACGACUGCUCAAGAAUGCUGGUCUGGAGGUGGACUCAGGCGAGCAGAGGGUGAUCUCCAGUGUGGUUCUGGAGGCCGAGGACCUGGACACAUCCCCAGAACAGGUGUACUUCAUCCUGAACGCUGCACCGCGGUUUGGACAUCUCCAGCUCAAGGCAGAGUCGGGUUGGAUCGAGCUGUCAGCCGGUCAGAACUUCACUCAGGAUGAUGUGGAGAUGAACCGGCUUUGGUACCGACACACUGCUGCAGCCAGCGCCGCCGGAUUCAAAGGCCACGACAGCUUCCGCUUCACGCUGAGCGACCGAGACAACGAAUCUCCGCCUCAGAGCUUCUUCAUCUCCGUCCAGAUGGUGCAGAAAGGUGACGUAGUCCUGCAGAUCCAGGCGGUGCACCUGAUGGAGGGCCAGCGGGUCGUCCUGAACACCGACGUCCUGCUGGCGUCUGACUCUUCGGACCGGCCGGAGGAGUUGCUCUACACGGUGUCGGUUCCGCCUCGACGCGGCCUCGUCCAUGCUGUCCAGCAGCCCGGAGUCCCUCUGACCAGCUUCACUCAGCUGGACGUCGCCGCUCACCGAGUGUGCUACACCCACGACAACAGCCACGAUGCCGACACCGACUCCUUCAGUUUCGUUGUCACCAACGGUGACUCGUCUCGCAGCGGGACCCUCCACUUCACCAUCGAGCUCGGCGACCGCAUCCCUCCGACCCUCCACCGCAACACCGGCCUCCAGCUGCAGGACGGUACCACGGCGACCAUCACCGCCGACCAGCUGCAGCUCACCGACCCCGACAGCGCCACCGUCAACCUGAGCUACGUCAUCACCGAGCUGCCGCAGUACGGAAAGCUGCUGCUGGGCGGGGCCCCGCUGGCUCCGCCCCUCAGGUUCCUCCAGACCGACGUGGACCAGAUGAACCUGGCUUACCGGCACGACCCGAGCAGCCCGGCCCACAUCGACAGGUUCUACUUUGUACCAAGUGACGGAACCAACAGAGGAUACCUGGAGUUUGGACAGCUGAGGGAGGAGCCGGCAGUGUUUAACAUCCAGGUGGAUCGAGUGGACCGGACGCCUCCCAGUCUGACCAGCAACAACAGUCCCAGCUCGGUGGUGGAUCUGGGCGCCGGGCGGUACGGCAUCUUCAUCACCAACAAACACCUGCAGGCGUCCGACCCGGACAGCAACACCGAGGAGCUGCAGUUCUCCAUCAGCAGGCCUCCGGUUAUCUGUUCGAAGUGUUCGGUCCGAUCAGGCGCCUACAUCCGAGGUCGGUUCACCCAGCGGGAUUUGGACCGGCGGUUCGUGUUGUUUGUGGUUCCUGCAGACGUGGAGGUGACAGCCGACAGCUUCCAGUUCAUCCUCAGCGACCCAGCAGGAAACGUUGCGCUGCCACAGCUGCUGCAGCUGUCCUGGUCUCGGGUCGAGCUGUCCGCCACAUGCUACAGAACCUGUGAGACGGCCAGAACCCUUCAGAUCCAGAUCCAGCGCAGCGGCAAGAGCAUCGACCCAGCUUAUGUUGCCAUCCAGGUGGAGGAAGGAUCGGCCAAACCGGGCAAGGAUUUCACUCACAGCACCGCCGGCCUGAUCCAGUUUGACCCAGGUGUGAACGUGAAAACCUGGAACAUUUACCUGAUCGAUGACGGUCUGGAGGAGAACCACGAGACCUUCAUUGUCACCCUGAAGAACCCACGAAAUGCCGUCCUGGGACCGAGGAGCUCUGCCAGCGUGGAGAUCAUCGACCCGCGAGGAGGAAGCUGCGACCCAGAAGACCUGAAGGUAGAGGCUGACCAGCGACCUCCUGGUAAUCCUCCUGGUUCUCCUCCUCUCCUCCCUGAGGAGGACCAGGAUCCGGUCACUGACAUCGAGGCCGAGCUACUGUGGGAGAACCAUCCUCAUCCUCCCAGAGGAGACGUCCCGAACCGCCGACCCUACCUGGACUACGGGGAGGUGGAGCCACAGGACCAGGCGGCACCCAGCUACAGACACGUCCACCAUCACCACAGACAGCGACCUCGGACAGCAGCUGGGAGCUCUGGGAGCUCUGGGAGCUCUGGGAGCUCUGGAAGCUCUGGACACAGGCUGAGAGUUGGAGGACUGAAGGUCCGUCAGCCUGCAGAGAGACGAUCGCAGGAGAAGUUCUGGACGUUCCACAGUCUGACUCCUCUCCGGCUGGAGGAGCUGCAGCCUGCUGAAACCGGAUGGAGCCGCUCGACUCACAGUCGCCUCCUGCAGGAGCUUCCAGUCAGAGAUGCUUCUCAGAGGGACCAUCCAGAACCAGGACAGGAACCGGAGUUCCGACAACGCAAGNCGGGUCGGUCGGUGAGCAGCUUGUGUGCUGACGGUUGGACCCACUACAGGAGGCGUUGCUACACAACCGGUCCGUCGGUGGCGAGCUGGGCCAGCGCCGCCAGAACCUGCUCUCUGCUAUUCAACAGCAGCCUGACCAGCGUCCAGUCCAGGAGAGACCUGAGCUGGUUGUGGAGGUUCGCAGGGAGGAAGCCCUUCUGGAUCGGUCAGUCCGGAGCUCCGGGUCGCUCGGCAUCCUGGCUGCAGGUGGCGCCGUCGGGCCGCAGUGAGGGCGGCGUCGGCUCGGACUGUGUGCUGGUUCGAAGCCCCAGAAGCUGGAUUUCUACGAGCUGCUCGGCUGAAGCUGAACACGGGUUCAUCUGUUCGUCUCCGGCUCAGACCCACUGAGACACUCACUUCCUGCCAUCAGCCCUCGUAUUUAACGUCUGAUGAUUUAUAAAUGCUGCUCUGUACAUUAGUUUUCAUACUUUGUCAUAAUAAAGCUGCUGCACA